AUGGCUGCGAGCGUGGCCUCCAAGCGUCUCUUCCAAGAAUACAAGUCUCUCUUGACCAAUCCACCCGAUGGCAUAACCGCAGGUCCAGUGAGCGAGGAUGACCUCUUCCUCUGGGAAGCUCUGAUCCAAGGCCCCGAAGGCACUCCCUUCGAGGGCGGCAUUUUCCCUGCAGAGCUCAAGUUUCCCAAAGAUUAUCCUCUAAACCCGCCCAAGAUGAAGUUCCUCGGCGAGAUCUGGCAUCCCAACGUCUACACCAACGGCGAAGUCUGCAUUUCUAUCCUACAUCCUCCCGGCGAUGACCCAAACCACUACGAGAGUGCCUCGGAGAGAUGGUCACCUAUUCAAAGCGUCGAGAAGAUCUUGAUAUCUGUCAUGUCAAUGUUGGCCGAGCCGAACGAUGAGAGUCCAGCCAAUGUGGAGGCAGCAAAAAUGUGGAGAGAACGACGAGCGGAUUUCGACAAGAAAGUGAGGGAAGGAGUGCGACGGUCAUUGGGGUUAUGA